AUGAACAAGCAAGCAUCAUCAUCGGGAGUCAAUACUACAAGAAAUACCUCAAGAUUUGUUCCAUCUCUCUCAGACAAUGUUAAACUAGCCAAAAAAGUCCAAGAAUUGUCAUACACUCCAUCCGAUGUGUUAGAAGAGUGGCUGUUCGACCAUUCAGUGGUCGGAGAUCAGAAUUUAUUGUUCAAAAAUCCGACACACAUUUCACAACGAGGUGCAUGUUAUCACAUUUCUGGAAUUCAAUCACAAAAAACAUUUGAAGAAUACAUCAAAGUAUGGUCUGAAGCCAUCACAAAAAAACAAACAUUCUACAUGGAGGAAAUUAGACCCUUCAACAAUUUCAAGUUAUAUCUCGAUUUGGAUUUUAAAUUGAAAGAAAAUACAGCUUUUAAUUUAUCAAAAUCACCAUGGUUGAAAUAUCUCAUGCAAUUCACAAUGGAGUUUUUCUCGUCAAGAAACAAAUCUGAUUUUUCGUGCUGCAUUACUUAUUGCAAUGGACCUUAUGCAUCUGAUACAACGACCCCAGAUUGCAAAUACAAAUCAGGAUUCAGACUUUAUUUCUCUGGUAUUCGAGUUCAAAACAAUGAGGAAUUUUCCUUGUAUUUGUCAAAAUUAAUUGAGUAUUUGGAACAGAAUCACUGUACGCAAUAUCCAAAUAAGGCUCAGAAUUGGCAUGUGACAGAUAUUGUUGAUACAACCUGUGCUAAAUAUCCAAGAUGUCGAAUGUUUGGUAGUGAAAAGUUGAGAAAUGGUAAAGACUUGUCAAGGCAGUACAAGUUUUAUGGGUGUUUUAACGAGCAAGGGGAAUUGGACACAACUGAGACUGAAUUGAAUAAGAAAUCAUUGUAUCGUCUGCUGGCCUCUGUUUCUCAAUUCUCCGCCUUCUUAGUGUGA